UUAUAAACAAAGGAUCAUGAGCAAGUUGCAGCAGGCUUUGAUCUUUUUAGGCUUUUUAAGUGAUUACCGGGAAAGAAUUAACGUAAAAGGCUGUACUAUCACACCAAAAUGUCGUCCAGCAUUGGAGCUAUCGAGAUCAAUCCUGGAGAGGACGGUGAGGACAGCAUAUGCCGCUUGUGCGCGAGGAAAAUCGGCGAGGACAGCAAGCGGAUCAACAUAAACGAAGAACAAAUCGAGGAAAUAGUCGAAGGAUUGCUCGACAUUGCACAGGUCGAAAGUAAACGACUUUCCCGCAUCACUUUGGUGUGCUUGCGGUGUUGGAACGAAUUAAAACUCUUUAAAGCGUUUGUAGAACGAUGCCGGCGAGCGCAGGAGCGGCUGUUGGAAAAUAUAUUCGUUCGCGAAUGCCCAACACCGGAGGAUGAUGACGAACUCGUCGACGAGUGCCAAGAGAGAAACGAAGGACGUGUUGACGUCAAUGAAUCGCAGCUUUUAACCGCCACCAAUUAUGCUAAGCCAUCGACCAGUGAAAAUUGUUUCGAGGAAAUUGAGCGUCACGUUCAUCGGUUACUUGCCGAAAUCGAGGAGAAACAGAAUCAUAUCAGCCACGCCACGUCAGGGCACGAUUGUUCAAAUUGCUCAGCCGAGUUCUUAUCACGGGAUAGUCUUCUCGAGCAUCGUAAAACUUGCGAUCGGAUGGACAAUGAUGUGUUGAAUCGCAAUGGAAUGUUUUGCUGCGCUGUAUGUGAUUUCACUAUUCCCUUUAAGACAACACUUGGAUCACAUUUGUUGAAUAUGCACGGGGACAGCGAUAAACUGCCACUUCGCGGAUAUAUCGACGAGGAUGAUGUCGCUUGUCCCAUCUGCAAAGAUACAUUCACAAAUUUACAAGAGCUACGAAAUCAUCUUCCAUCACAUUUGCAAAAUGCCUCAAAGCCGGCUGCUUCUAGGGAGCCACUGGCUCCCAGCAAACGGUGCACGAUCUGUGGUAAAGAUUUUCGCACUUGGUCGCUAUAUCGAGUGCACAUGAAGUACCAUCUCAAUCAGAAGGAUGUAAUUUGUGAAGGUUGCGGUAAACGGUUCUACAGCAAGUCCGAUAUGCGCGAGCACUACGAGGCUGUGCACGAACAUAAGCGCUACGUUUGCAAUAUCUGCGGUAUCAAUAUAAAGCUGAAGAGCAACAUCCGACGGCACCUUCGCUCGCACGAUUCCACGCAGCAGUUUAAGUGCGAUCAGUGUCCCAAAAGGUUCGCUUGUCGUACUAACUUGCGAUAUCAUCUCGAUGUCCAUCUCGGACGAAAACGGUAUCCAUGCGAAAGCUGUGGAGAAGCCUUCCAGUAUACCUACGGGCGCAAUCAACACAUGUUUCGCGCUCACGGUAUUAAAAUAGCCGGGAUAAGGAUACGGAAGGAACGGAAGCGACGUAUAGUAACGGAAGACGAGACGGAGAGCAAGGAUCCAAAGUCUAGUACAAGCUGUCCAGCAGCCAACUUGAGUGACAUAAGAGAAACCAUGCCGCUCAGUGUCCCAUACGAUGAGGAUAAUGAUCUUAUUGAGUAUGCCCCCGAGUCACCAACAACGUGAAUAAUGUGACUGGGCCUCAAGUUUAAGUCGAUUAAAAAUUAUGCCAAUAAACCCAUGGUUCCCCAGAGCAGCCUUACAUUCUGAAGAAGUUUGUCCAAAAAUAAUGUCAAAACAAUGGAAUGAAAGUUUUACUUACUCAUA